AUGACUCAGUUAAUUGAUAUCGGUGAAUGUACAAUCAAAUUUGAAAUUUGGGAUACAGCAGGACAAGAAAGAUAUAGAAGUUUAGCCCCAAUGUAUUAUAGAGGUGCAUCAGCAGCUGUUAUAGUUUAUGAUAUAACAAAUAAAAAAUCUUUUGAAGGUGCUAAAGGGUGGAUUAAUGAAUUAAAAUCAGUUCAUUCAAAUGAUAUAAUUAUAGCUUUAGCUGGUAAUAAAAAUGAUCUAGAAGACAGUAGAGUUGUAGAUAGAGAACUAGCUGAAUCUUUUGCUAAUAGUAAUAAUAUUCUGUUUAUCGAAACUUCAGCAAAAACGGGACAAAAUGUUAAUGAAUUAUUUUUGAGAAUAGCUAAAAAAUUACCCCUUAAUAAGAAAGAGCAAGAUAAAAAUUCAGGAAUACAGAUAAAUAAUACAGAAGAAACUAAAAGAAGAUGUUGCUAG